AUGGAAGCAGCAGCAGCAGCAGCAGGUGUGGGGACCUGCUGCUGGCGCUGCCGGCUCCGCAUGCGCGGCUGCAAAGACCUUCGCCUAUACCAACUCUUCCAGGGGGCCCCCGAGCCCCACAAGUGCCCCGAGGGGGGCCCCCCUGGUGUCUCUGGGGGCCCCCCGGGGGCCCCCGGGGGCCCCCAGGGGGCCUCCGGGGGGCCCCCCGCCACCUAUGAGCUGCCCCUGUGCGGCUGCUGCUGGGGGGCCCCGCAGGAGGCAGCAGCAGCUGCUGCAGCGCAGCAGAGUUCUUCUCAAGGAGCAGCAGCUGCUGCUGCAGCGCAUCAGAUUUCUUCUCAAGAAGCAGCAGCAGGAAGCUGCUGCGCUCAGUGCAGGGGCCUCUGCUGGCUUGACGCUGGGGGGCCCCUGGGGACCCCCUUGUGUCUGCUGCAGCUGCUGCAGGGGGCCCCCGGGGGGCCCCCGAAGCAGCUGCCGCUGCAUGCAGCAGCAGCAGCGCGGCUGCUGUUGCUAGCUGCCCUUAGGGAAGCUGCUCCGGAGGUGUUGCUGCAGCAGUCAAGUCACCCUGCUGCGGAGCUGGCAGCAGCAGCAGCAGCUGCUGCAGCUGCUGCUGCUGCUGACAAGAAGCUGUCUUUUGGUCUUGCUGCUGCGUGGAGGGCCAUUAGCCGCCCCUUUUUCCAGCAGCUUGUAGAUGUGGAGAUCCCCUCGUGUCUUGCUGGUGCUGCUGCUGCUGCUAGCGCUACCGCUGCUGCUGCUAGCGCAACUGCUGCUGCUGCUAGCCCCGCUGCUGCUGCUGCUGCUGCAGAGGAAGUACCGCUGCAAGAGUUCGUGAAGCUGCAGCUGCUGCUUGCUCUUUUGCGCUGUGGCGUUGCCCGCCAGCCUACGCCGCCGCAGCAGCAGCAGCAGCAGCAGCCAGCAGCAGCAGCAGCAGCAGCAGAUUGGCCUGACUGGGCAGCAGCAGAGGCCUGCUCUUUCAAGGUGACAAUUUCGUGCAGCGCUCACGACAACAGGAGCAGCAGCACAGUAGCAGCAGCAGGAGCAGCAGCUGCUGCUGCUGCAAACAAUGGCCCAGAUAGCCAGGCAGCAGCAGCAGCAGCUGCUGCUGCUGCUGCUGCGGCGCACACUGCAGCAAAGGAAGAGGCCCUGUGCUGCGGGCGCCUAAGGGACCUCCGAAUUGUUUUGAAGUCUCUCUUAGUAACAGGGAGGUACUCAAAGUUCAGUCGUCUGCUAAGCCAGGCGGAGUGGCGCGUGGACGGCCAGAGGAAGCUGGACAUGUCGGUGGAAGAGGCCUUGGGGCUGCCGCUGCAGCGGCUGUUUGAGGCGAAGACCUUCAAAUUCAUGGCUGCUGGCAGGGAGGACUCAGAUGUGCGCAUGCUGGGGGAUGGCCGCCCCUUUGCUUUGCUGCUGGAGCACUGCAGCAGAUGCCCCGAAGACCUCAUUAACGCUUUAAGUCGGGAUUGCAGCAGCAGCAGCUGCAGCAUGGGCUCUUGCUGCAGCUGCUGCACUUCAGGUGCUGCAGCAGCAGCACAUGAAGUGCAGCAAGGCUCUUUACCCCCUUCUAAGCGCUGCCGCAUUGAACGAGCAGCAACAGGCCCUGCUGUAGCAGAUGCAACAGGAGCAGACGCGGUAGCAGCAGAUGCAGCAGCAGCAGCAGCAGCAGAAGGCGCAGCAGCAAAGAAAGCCGCGGCAGAAGCAGAGGGAAGUGAAAAAGCCCUCGACAAACUGCUGCUGCGGUGGUCGCAGCCAGAAGGGAUUCCACAGGACCGCGUCUUGCCUUUGUGCUGCAGGGGCCCCCUAAGCAGUGCAGCGCAGGUGGCCUCCUUGCUGCUGCUGAAGCAGCAGCAGCAGCAGCAGCAGCGGCAGCAGCAGCAGCACGUGGCCGUUAGCAGCAGCAUUCCUAACGGCAGCACCAGCAGUAGCAGCGAAGCACACCUCCAACUGUGCGCCUCUUCGCAUGUUCCUUUAGGGGAAUCAGUGAAACGCUGCAGCAGCGAUGAAGAGCCUUCUGCAGCAGCAGCAGCUGCUGCUGCUGCUGCUGCUGUGACAGUGCAGCAGCUGCAGUUCCACAGCAACAGCAAAGCCCUGCGUCUGGCACUGCAGUUGGGCGCUGAGGAGAAGGUCAAGUGCUACGAGGCUUUGGUGUUCAGCGCCCUGCCGCUGCAGCAGCAGCAGCUGCAGCAGCUGCAGCAGCAACUACAGCAGCAAGGUGGCCUGCAGAUACACCAGAAAACGCCCCUCCGCGUGCUGCACAGAAGAUCGCUAGCUGCAAGGCCAAGACAAAUUGAAGCCCUCAGCUUCCAGCUGCUGGGGCCCCACUUAUUUGUUUGCCGGCUGAAGACCCAAGCAGGCACAUAUAUCAAAGAGUUCGUGCACGGCGACAUGGGCAGGACAAGACCCAACCUCAGCGAGCUCUUGGGGGCCCCCCUAGACCUUCUUCUUCUUGACGUGCUGGCCCUCCAGUUCUAA